AUGCCUGAUGCGACUCCGGACAAGCGGCAUGACGCCGCCACAGCCGCAAAGGCCACCAAGGUGCAGCGCGUAGACGACAACACCUAUGUCGUCGACCUGAGCCCGGCAUUCAACAUUGGCGCCGUCCCCAACGGUGGCUACGUCGCCGGCCACUUCCUCGCCGUCGCGCUCGCCCACGUCGCCGAGCGCCACGGCCAUCGCCACGUCAUCGCCGCGCACUGGGACUUUCUCGGCCGAUCGCGCCCCGGCCGCGGCACCAUGGCCGUCGACGAGCUCAAAGUCGCCCGCAACAUGUCCGUCCUGCGCAUCGCCCUGUACCAGGACGACAGCGAGCUCUGGGUCGCGCGGCGCCGCCCCGUCAUCGUCGCCUCCGUCACCUGCCGCGACACGGCCACCGAGACCGGCCCAUCCCUGGACGGCGGCUGCGCGCCGCGGAGCCCGGUACCGGCGGCGGACUUGGCGCUGCUGCCGCUCGGGCGCGAUCCCGGCUGGGCGCGCUACGAGGCGCGCAACUUUCGCAGGAACCGCCACUGGCACAUGUACGAGCCCAGGAGCUCCGCGGGGGGGCCGGCGGGGGUGCGCGACACGUGGGUUGAGUACCAGUCGGGCGAGCGCAUCACGAACCUGGAUUUGCCGUACCUCGCCGACGUCACGCCCGCAAUCUGCGCCCACGGGCUCCAGCAAGCGGCGGCCGGCGGCGCGGACGUGCCCGCCUCUUGGUACCCGACGCUCAACAUCCACAUGGACUUCAAGAAGAGCCUGCCCGCGGACGGCGUAAGGUGGCUGCGCCUGCGGACGUCGGUCCGCGCUGCCAGGAACGGCCGCUACGGCUGCGACGUGGACGUCUUCGACGCCGACGGGGAUCUCGUCGCGCAAGCCCGGCACGUCGCCAUGAUUGUGGACAUGUCGCGCAACACGGCAAACCAGACUACGUCAAAGUUGACGAACUUGUAA